GUUAAGAACAUGAAGACCACUCAUUUCUGGGCAUCGAUCGCCCUCGCACCGGUUGUUCUUGCGCAGGGCUUGCGACAAGCUACAGGAGGCGUCGAGGCCACUACAACCGUCCAACGGUAUCCCGAACCAACUCCUGAAGUAUCCAACUGCACAGCAUCUCUCAUCACCACUCUCUGCGACUACAAGAAGCCAGGCUCCGCGUUCGCUGUCGCCAGCUUAGGAAAAGCCCACUGCUGGGAGUACUGCAACGCGCACCAACCAUGCAACUUUGUCAUCUUCGCAGCUGGAAACCCCUACACCGGCACCGGCACGUGCUGGCUGUAUCCAGACGAGGCAUUCGAUGAGAGCGCUGGCACAACGGGCUGCGACUAUCUCUCCGUCUUUGACAAGCCCCAGUGCGCCGAGCCAACGCCCACCUCGGGAGCGUGCACGGCGACGGCAUCGCCGUCUGCGCUGGCCUCCGUGUGCGCCUAUCCCACGCCCGAUGAUGACUGCUGGUCUACUUGCACUGCCAGCGGAGGCGCGACCAACUGCCUGUCGCAGUGCGCACAGUCCGAGUCCUGCGCCUACGUCGUCUUCAACCCGCGCAACUCGGACAACUCCCCGUUCGCCUCGGGAACCUGCUGGAUGUAUCCGAGCGGCACGUACGACGCUGCGAAGGCAGGCACGUGCAGUGGCGCGCCCGAGCAGUAUGUGUACGAGAAUCCGUGUCCGAAGCCGUCGUCUUCCUCCGCGCCUUCGGGCAGUGCUUCGCUCUCCGAUACUGGCUCGCUGCCAUCUGCUACGGCGUCCGGCACCAAUGUCGACGCCAAGCGUGCUUCUGAAGGUGAGGCUACACCAACUGCAAACGUCCAGGGUGCGGCGCCCGCGGGUCUUUCGGUCAGUGGGUCGCUGGCUGUGGGUGUGGCAGCAUUAAUGUGGCAGGGCUUGCAGUGA